AUGUCUCAUGCCAAAACGACAGUUGUGAUCAACAAUGAUCUUGGAGGCGGUUUAGCGCUACAAUACCAUUGUAAAUCGGGUGAUAAUAAUCUCAAAGCUCAGAGUUUGGCACCAGGUGGAUCAUCGUCAUUUCGGUUUAAUCCUGAUGUCUUCGGCCGUACUUUGUAUUUUUGCAGUUUUAGCUGGCAGAACGAGUCGCAUUAUUUCGAUAUCUAUGUGCAGAAGAGAGACAAAGAGUUUGAGAGGUGGACCGAUGCUUUCAGUCCACUAUACUUUGAGGUUAAUGAAGCUAUGGAAGUUAUGGCUACAGAAGAGCCGUGCGACAUAGCAUGCACAUUUGGUAAUGGACUCCUUGAUAUCGAAGAUUACCCACAAGCCAAGCAUCCGUAUCCAUUCAACGACAGUGUGGUGAUAUACAUACGACAUAUAGGUCCUGGUGUAUGCAUAGGACAGGCGUGGCAAGAAGUCGUGAUCAACAAUGAUCUUGGAGGUGGUUUAGCGCUACAAUACCAUUGUAAAUCGGGUGAUAAUGAUCUCGGAGCUCGGAGUUUGGCACCAGGUGGAUCAUGGAUCAUGGUCAUUUCAGUUUAA